AUGCAGUUCAAGAAGGCUGGAUCGUCCGUGGAUCGAGAUAAACAAUACACCCCUCUGGAAUUAAUUAACCAAGGGGAGUGGGGAUUGAACGGAGGAGGAUCCCUGCAACAAGAAGCGGAAGAAGGAAUCAGAGCAGGAGUUUCACGAGAAUCGGAUUUCCCUCGAGCAGGAGCAGAGGAAUUUGUGAGAAAGAUUGGGGGACCUUGCGGGUGUAUGUCACAUAAUCGCUACCAUUAG